AUGCUCAUCCACCCCAAGGGCUCCCCCGGAAACCUCUGUCCGCACGAGGUAAACUAUGAAGCUGGCCGCACCUGGCAUGCCUCCCGAGCGCUGCGUACUCGUAUCUUGUACGCCAGGCACUCCUCCUUAGAUUGCAUCGGACAAGAUAUCCCGAAUGCUGAUCUGGUCGCUUUCCCACGAUCUACCUAUUACGCACCGAGGAAGUAG